CAUUGUGGAGAGCCCCAUUUUACACAUAUCCCCAGAUUGAGAUAAGCUCACGACACCAUGCACCGAAGACAUAAUCAUGUUCAACACGUCGCAAUAUUAUUGCCAUGACAGGCAACAGGUCGACCCGCUUCCUCCACACGUUUGGCCCCCUUCCUUGGCCCCUUUGGCCCCAGUUCCUGACUAGGCCUGCCGAUCUCCAUACAACCCGGGGCGGUGCCUGAUCCUGCAGCAGUUACAACAAACAUGAAGCCACUCCAGCUCAUCCCGACACUCCUCCUCUCCCUCGUCCCUUCGCUCACCCAUGCCUCCGAUAGCGACGACAUUCCCUCCGGCGCUAAGCUCUGCCAACCUCAGGGUAAAGGCAGCUGCCAGUUCGGCGUAUACCAAUUAUAUCCUGGUAUCGAUUGCUACCACCAAACGAUGAACUCUGCCUACCUCUUCGAUCACGCAUGCAACAUCAUCGGCCACGUGGAGAACUUCACACAGGGCGACGCCAUGACUUCGCAGCUGCCGUAUACUCUGGACAUUGAGAACGUCUUUGGUUAUCCAUCUUGCUACCUCAAAUAUGAGAUUGCGUACAGUGAUGGCUUGUAUGGGUAUAGCAUGCCCUCGGGAGGUGUCUGGGAUGACUGCGAGAAGGGCGAUGACUUUCAGUGCACUUGGUACAGGGUGGCGUUUGACUGUCCUGACUUCUAG